CUCUGCAUCAGCUGGACUUCAAACCCUGUUACAGAGAAGACAGAUUUAUGGCUGAAAUACUUUCCUGGGGCAAACUGAAUUCAACAGAAAAUGAUGCUUCACAUGAGAAUAAGGGAUUUGCUGCAAUCUACCGGAGGAUAAAAUUUUUGGAUUUGUCCAUCACAGGAGGGCUCGUGACAUUUCUCAGGGACACGGACCGGAAAGUCAUCGUAGUGACAUCCAACAUAUUGAAGAAAAAACAGGCAAAGUACAGAGUUACUUUAGACUUGAAGGAGCGAGUUGCCAUUUUCAGCACUGGGCAGGAGCAUGUUGUGCUUGUGUCUGAAACAGGGAAAGUGUGUGAAUGGAAGCAUUCAGCAACUCCAUCCAACAUACCCAGGGCAUUCAGCUGUUUAAGUAACAUACACAUUGUACAGGUUGCGUGUGGAAACUCUCAUUCAGUCGUCCUAGCAAAUGAUGGUCAGCUGUUCACAUGGGGUCAGAACUCGAGCGGUCAGUUGGGUUUGGGGAAAGAUAAGCCAAGUUUUUCGUCUCCUGAGCCACUUAUGUCUCUGAGUGGGAUCCCUCUGGCUCAGAUCAGUGCUGGAGGAGACCACAGCUUCGCCCUGUCUCUCUCUGGAGCGGUGUUCAGUUGGGGCAGGAACAGUGCCGGACAGCUGGGCGUUGGAGACACUGAUGACAGACACGUCCCUGUUUGUGUAAAGAGCCUGAACUUGAAGAAAACUGUGUUCGUCUCAUGUGGAGAGGACCAUACUGCUGUUCUAACAAAGGAAGGACUACUAUUCACAUUUGGAUCAGGUCGUUAUGGGCAGCUUGGGCAUAACUCACUCAGAGAUGAACUCCGUCCUCGUGUAGUUGCCGAACUCUGGGGAUCCAAAGUGUCCCAUAUAGCCUGUGGGCGGCAUCACACUCUGGCACUGGUUGAAUCGUCAAACACAGUGUACUCGUUUGGAUGUGGAGAGCAAGGUCAACUGGGAAAUGGCCAGCAGACUAAUCAGUGUGUGCCAUUUCCUGUCCAGCUGCCACCAGAAUAUAACACUGAUCAGAGAGUUAGGAAAAUAACUGCUGGAGGAAAUCUUUCUGUUCUCUUCAUCUCUAAAAAGGAUCAAGUUCAAGCAACUUUAAGUCCAUGCAUUGGCACUACAUUGUUGGAUGAUAAAAUAAUUGAGAACUGGAUUUCACAUUGUAACUCAAAAGGAUGGAAAAAAAAUCUAAGGGAAAUCAAGAAAAUGUUCUCGUCAGCAGCAUGCAUCAAUUGGAGCUUCUGUGAGAAAAGCAGGGACAAACAUUACAAAACAUCGAUUGAGGAUUCUGGCCUUGAUUUAUCUCUGGCUCGUCUUGCUUUUGAGAAGAUGGCCAAAAAGGACAAAGUUCUAUUAGAGGUUGAAAGAGUGGUAAAGAACUAUCUUCUCCCUUCUCUGAGUUCGACUUCUGCUGAUGUGGAGGCUCUGAGGGUUUACCUUAUCCUGCCUGAACUCCUCCGAGUGCUGCACAAACAAGGACAUGGUACACAGCUCACUGUUGCUCUGGCCUCUGCUAUCGAACACCUGAAGCCCGAAUCAAUGGAUGUCUUGACCAGCCUGUGGAUCAAACUCCCCUACUACUACUACAGGACUCUGGUGAAGGUGUUUCACUCGGUGUCUGCUCACUUCAUGUCACUGAUGACCAAUACAUUAUGUGACCACUGGACUGAAACAUUACCUCUGCUAAAUGUUCUGAAAAAGCUUUACAGUAUCAACAAUCAGAGAUUUACAAUGUUGCCUGAAAACUACUUCCUUAUCAAGGAGCUCAUUGACUUUUUCGAAAUGGUGAACCAACAUGGUUUGGAAUCACUGAACUUACAAAGAAAACUGUUUGAAGAGAUGCCUUUGCUUUUCAGUGACCCAAAGCACCUAGCUACUUUGACCUUUUUGGAAAGUUCUGAUCUCCUAACCUUGUAUCCCUUUACCCUUGACAUGAAGAGUAAAUGCAUACUGUUCAUGUUUUCACAGCUAGAGUAUGAAACACCCUGCUUUUUAUUUGACUAUAUGAACCAACUGUGUGUGAAGCGAGAAACUGUGCUGGCUGACACACUUGUGUUCCUGAAAACAGGCUCCUAUGAUUUUUAUCAGUUUUUAAAGGUGAAAUUUGCUCUAGAAGAUGGGAUCGAUGCUGGAGGUCUGCUGAGUGAAUUCUUCACUUUGAUCACACUGGAAAUAACAAAAGACUCCAGCAUAACCCAACUAUUCGAAGACUCUGGACUCUUCUGGUUCUCUACUGAUUCUGGAUCCAGCCAGGAGGACCCUGAAUCUUCAAUUCAGUACUACUUUGGUGUCAUCUGUGGAUUGGCUUUUUAUAAUCACACCUUUAUGAACAUCAGCUUCCCUGUGGCACUGUUCAAGAAGCUGCUGAAGCUCAGUCCAACUCUCAGUGACCUGGAGGAGCUUUCACCAGUGGAGGCCAGAAGUCUAAAAGAUUUACUCACAGAAGAAGAGGAUGUCGUGGAGGAUCUCUAUUUGGAUUUUACAGUAAAAGGAAUAGAACUCAUUCCAAAUGGAGCAGAAAUUCCAGUCACAAAAGCUAACAGGCAGAAAUACGUGGACUUGUAUAUCGACUUUGUUUUCAACAAGUCAGUGGAAAGUCAAUUUGGGAAUUUUAGGAAAGGUUUUUCUCAUGGAAACCCCUUAUAUUUUUGGAAUAUAUUCAAGUCUGAAGAGCUCAGAGACUUACUCUAUGGUGUGUCUAAAUACGAGUGGGAGGAGCUCCAAAAGGGUGCUACAUAUGAAAACUGUAGACCCUCAGAAGAGCUCAUUCAGAACUUCUGGUCUGUUUUCUUUGAGUUGAGUGAAGAAAACCAGAAGAAGUUUCUGACUUUCGUGUAUGGGACAGAUCGCAUGCCAAUAGGAGGACUGUCUAAUAGGAAGCUGAUAAUUGUGAAAAGUAACAAUGAUGAUGCAGACGACCGUUUCCCCUCGGCCCAGACAUGUUUCAACAUUUUACACCUUCCAAACUACAGCAACAUCGACGUACUUCGAGACAAACUCAUUCAUGCCAUCACAUAUUGUGAAGUUUUUGGACAAAUGUAAAAGAUUGGGUGCAUGCAGCAAUUAAUGUGUUGUACAUUUUUUCUCUUUUUUUUUGGAGCAAACAUUCCAUAUUUUGAUGGAAGGAUAUUGCAAUAGUAAAUAUAUUGGCUGACUCUGAUUAGCACCCCGACUACUGAACUAAAGAGCUGAUUAAGAUACACAGAAGCUCUUGAAUUAGUUUGUAUUGUACUUUGUUCUUUAUGUUAGACAUUUUUUUUUUAUACAGCAAAACCCCGUUGGACGAGCAUAAUUCAUUCGUGAAAAUUGCUCGUAGGUCCAUUUGCUCAGAUGUUCAAACUAAUU